CCUUAAUAUCUCUGCGUUUUUUAUCGACCCAGACAAAAGCUGACACGAGAUUUUCCGCAACAGCUUUCUUUCAAUUUGAAAAGUUGAAGACAUGAAUGCAUUCAAGGCAUACAAGGCUUGUGUCCCAAUUGCUUAUAGCCCCAAUCUCUAUAUAACUCUGGUAAGGGGCAUUCCAGGGACCAGGAAGCAACAUAGGCGCACUUUGGAAGCACUGCGCCUUGGGAAAUGUAAUCGAACUGUCAUGCGAUGGAACACACCUACUGUUAGGGGAAUGAUCCAACAGGUCAAGAGGUUAGUUGUUGUUGAGACAGAGGAUAUGUACAAGGCCCGCAAACAGAAGGAUGAUGCCCACCGAGCUCUUCGUCCUCCAUUGGUCAUAAACCAUCAACCUGUUUCUGCUUAGGGUACCUUACUUCCUUGUAGUGUUUUCUGUGUUCUUAAAGUUAUGAUCUUCUUACUACUAAAACUUUCGAAUGCCUAAGCUGUUCCUCAGAUGGUUGACUUGCUUUGAAGAUCAUGUUUUAGUUCUGAAUCUAUAAUUUUGAAGUUGUUUCAACUGAUGCAACAUUAGUCAAAUUUAGGCCUAGAAUCAAUUAUUCUAUAAAUGCUUGUUUCUUUAGGAAACAACUUACAAUCUAGUUGAGUUUUGUUAUAUACUACU